AAAAUGUCAUCCUGGAUCACAGGAUUGGCAGAUAAGGCCGAGAACAUUCUGAACAAGAUCGACCAGAAUGCGGCCACGGCCCUGCAACUGGAAACGACAGCGUUGGUCACUGGGGAUACCAUCAAUGCCAUGAAGAAGAGCAUGACCAGCAGCUCCAACUCUUUGUCCCUGAAGUCGACGACGCUGUCCCCAACGAAGCGAUCGAGUGCUAGCCCCAGCAAUGCUUCCAGCGUGAAGAGCGAUCAAGGCGCCUCUGUGAGCAAAAGGAUGACCACAUCGGCCAGCUUCUCCACGAAUCCGGAUAGCCUUGGCAGCGCAAUGGACACUCAUGAGCUGGCGGCCUUUAAGAUCGCCUUGAACGAGAUCACCGCCGAGCGGGACGAGCUGCGAAUGCGACUACACGAGCUGAACCACGACAGCGAGAACUUGGCCCUGCAAGAGCGCAGCCAAGAGCUAGAGAUCCUGGCCCAGACACUGUCCGAAGAGCGGGACAAGGCGGUCCACGAGCUAAACGAGGCCCACACCGCACACAUGGCGUAUGUGCACUCCAUCUCAGAGCUGGAAACGAAUCUGGCCAAGUUGCAGCAGGAAUACAUGAGCGCUGCCCACAAACUACAGAUGCAGACAAAGGAGACGGAACAGCAUCGCCUCGAGUUGCACGAAUACCGCACCAAGGCCCAGCGAGCCCUCCAGGCUAAAGAUGCCCUGAUAGCAGAACUCAAGGCGAAGCCCAGAGAAGAAGCGAGUGGAGAGGCCCAUAACAGCGAGACCCGUCUUCUACAAAUCGAAUACGAUGCUCUAAAACAGGAGCUGGAGCAUGCCCACGAAGAAGUGCUCAAAAUGCGUCUGCAGUUGGAGGAUAACGUGGCGCAGGAGAAGCAACGCGAACUGGAGCUCAGCUCUGCGCGUCAGCGGGAGGAGUCUCUGGCCAAGGAGCUGCGACAGGCACGCGAAUACAGUCUCACCUCCGAAUCGGAACAGCGCAUGCUCACCCAGGAGCUAGCCUCGAUGCGACAGCAGCUUAGCAAUCAGAUGGCCGCUGCUGCCACUCGCCUGCAAGAACGGGAGCAACAGGUACAACAGCUGCGCCAGCGCCUCAGCGGUGAGGUCCACACCAGUGCCAAGAACGACUACGAGAGUCGACUGAAGGCCUUGACACAGUCGCUGGUCGAGCGCCAGGGUCUGCUGGAGCGCGUGACGGGCGAGAGGAAUGCUCUGCGCCUGCAGUACGAAAACAUGCAGACGCAACUGCAGCAGAACCAGCAUUUGGUGCAGAUUGAGAGCCAGAGAGGGAGUCGCCACACAAUCCUCUCGAAUAGCACAGAUGAUGUCAAGGCCCAAUUCCCGGUGCUGAUGCAUCCCAGUCCGUUUGAUAAUCGUGUGGCUCGUCGCUUCAAGCGGGCCCUCCGCCAAGCCGACUCGGUUGGCAUCCGCGUGGGCACCUUCCUGCGUCGCUAUCCGAUGAUGCGUGUCUCUGUUAUUGUCUAUGUGGCGCUGCUGCAUCUCUGGGUGAUGUUCGUGCUGCUCUCGACGACGCCGAAUUAAGCCGUAAGGUGGUAGGUUAAUCUAUUUAAUUGAGCAAUGGCUUUAUUUGCAAAUAUUUGUGUGUGUGUAUUGUAUUUAACUCUGCAGCCAAAAUUGGGGGUACAGAUACAACGAGGCUCUACAAGAGUACGAGUGUAAGUGUCAUGUUUCGGAGUUGCAACAAGUUGUAUAUAUCGUAUCGUAUAUCAUAUAUCGUAUUUGUAUCCUUGUAUCGUGUGUAUCGUGUUCUAAAUUCAAUAAACAUCCACUAUGUACAGAAA